GUCUUCUUCGAGUUUGGGUUUGCAGCAGAAUGACUUCAUCCAUCCUGAAACGGGAAGUGCUCAUUCAACUGCGAAUUUGGGGUGGUACAAGACUGAAUGUCCCAGCAGGGUGAUGCCCUAGAAAUAUCCCACGAUCACUCGUUCGAGUGGCUCCAUUUUUCGAAUGCAACACCGUCGUUACCAAAGCAUGGAUAGGAUCACGAAGCAUCACAUUCUUCUGCUAGGAGGCACUGGCAUCUGCGGCACCAUCUUCACACGCGCGGCCCUCGAAGCAGGCCACAAACUCACUCUCUACGUUCGCACACCCUCAAAGAUCCCCGAGGACCUCUCCUCGAACGCCAAUGUCUCCGUCAUCCAAGGCGAGCUACAAGAUGCAGAAGGCCUGAAGAAAGCUGCUGCUUGUGGAGCUGACAUCUUCAUCUCAUUGGCUGGACCAACGUUAGGGAAGAGAGAAGGAACUCCCAUCACCGAAGCCCUCCGAACCCUCUACCCCCUCCUCCUCACCAACGGCACUACGAAACGCAUCCUGGUCCUCUCGACCCCCUCGUACUCCGCGGCCGAAGACACCCACUCAAUAAAAUGGAUCUUCGCCAUCAACUUCUACAUUAAAGUCAUCGGCGGCGACACGUACCUAGAGAUCAAGGGCAUGGCUGAAGAGACGGUAGCUCUCGGGGAGAAGAUCGACUGGACCGUGUUCCGGGUGCCGUUGUUGCAGGGCAAGGAGCUGGGAGAGAAUGACGGGCCGGUUAAUGCGGUAUAUGUGGGGGAUAAGAAGGGGAGGGAUGGGUUGAGGCUUGAUAGGGGACGGUUGGUGAAGUGGGUCCUCGAGGAGCUGGAAGAGGGAAAGUGGAUUUGUGCCUGUCCGCUUCUGUCGAAUGCUUGAUUGCGGAAGUCAUUGGACAUAUCCUGGACACAAAUCCAGCCAUCAGACCCUAUCAGUCCCGUGGGACAGCUAUCAAGACUGGAUACGGCAUUCCAAAAGAUUUCGAUGUUGAGCAGUCCGCCCCGG